AUGAACAGGUCUUUUGACUCGUGUGACCUGAGCGUACACUCAUAUCCAGGCCAGGGUUCAACAAGAAUAAGAACUGGUGAUUCAGUGCAUCUGAUCAAGACUUAUUUCUCUCUCAAGUUACCCUCAUUCAGUGUGCUCCCUUCAUACGAAUCCACGAAAAUCAGGUGCAAAAUGAGACUCUGGACGAACAAUAUCGUUGCCCUUCUGUUCAUGGGAGCUGCUGCGGCUACCGACAUCUUGUUUGAUCACUUCGAAGUGCAUCCUAAGUUUGUUGUAGCGCAGAUCCUCAACACAAUAUCGGCAACUACUGUUAUUGUCAAGGAGAUGGUGUCUGUUACUUCGAUGGCAUACAUAACUCAUGCGACCCUCCUGGGAAUGCUAUUCCUGGCGGUUGUCCAAAGAAUAUGA